AUGUAUACUGAUCAUACACCGGUAAAUAAGACUGUCAAGAAACUCUCCCAGCCUGUCGGAAUUAGACCAGAACAUAUUGCCGAGGAAGAAACUCUCCUCUACCUAAAACCUAAAUACGACCACCGUUCGCCCAAUGAAUAUACCAUCAAGAGAUAUUGGGACGACUCAACGAUUUUCACUGUCACUGGCCACAAAUAUGGUGACAGCCCAGCUCGCGAGUUUCGCGAUUCGUCAGGACUCCCGAUGUUCCAUUCUCGUGCAGCGGUCCUGGCAUGGAAAAGACCAUUACGGGUACGACUACCCGGCAAUGAAGACGAAGAGCUUGUGGAUUUCAGGGUCGACAUGAACAAAGUCUACAGACUCACAUUUCGCAACUCGAUGGAGCCAGACUCGAAAAGUGAGAGCGAUAAAUCGGCAACGGUUGAAGUCCGAGAAACAAGCACUUAUGCGUGGCAAGGGUUCUCGGCUAGUGUUGGGGGCCAGAAAGUGGUUGAUGUUCGUGAGAGCAUGACGAUGAACAAAACACUACCCAAAUGUACCUCUCAAGGUGACGUGUCCUUGAUGCCUCGACAAGUGCUUGAGAUUCUUGUGGCUGAGGGGUUUGACUUGUCGCUAGCUGCGCUCAUUGCCGUGUACAUGGCAGAUACGAGGUUCAGUACUGCACCUCCUUCCCGAUACUAA